CAAAUCAAAACAAAACAAAGUAAAGCAAAACCCAAACCCCCCAUGAGAAUAGACCAGAAAGUACUCUCUCAUAAACAAACAGAAACCAGUAAAAUCAGGAAAAAACCAUAGCAAAAGUUGGAACAAAAAGCAAAAAAGAAACCCUCACACACACACACACACAACUACAACUACAGUUCAAAAAAAAGCUUCUCUUUUGUAUCUUACCAAUCCCUUUCAUUUCUACUCUUUCUUUUCAAUAAGUCUUUCUGUUUUUUGUUAGCCUGUCAGUUCAACUUCAACAGUUCAACCCCAUCCAUUUUCCCUCCCAAUGCCACCCAAUAUGGUCCCCCUUGUCAUGCAUUAAACACUAUACUCCAUGUUACCUCUCAGGUAUUUGAUGAAAUCAAAGUUGAGAAGGAAUUAGGGGUUGGUUGUUGGUGUGUAAUAUUUUUUUGAAAUGGAUGGGAGAAUGAAGAAGUACAGGCAAUUGAGUCCAGACAGAGCAAAAGUUUGGACCGAAAAAUCGCCUAAGUAUCAACAGCAACAGCCACGGUUGACUAAUGGAAAAGUGCCGGUAGUAUACUAUCUUAGUAGAAAUCGACAGCUUGAACAUCCUCAUUUCAUUGAAGUACCCUUGUCUUCCUCUGAUGGUAUCUACUUGAGAGAUGUAAUUGAGAGGCUUAAUGUUUUGAGAGGUCGAGGAAUGGCUUCGUUAUACUCAUGGUCUUGCAAGAGAAGCUACAAGAAUGGUUUCGUGUGGCAUGAUCUUUGUGAAGAUGACCUUAUUCUUCCUGCUCAUGGUAAUGAAUAUGUUCUAAAAGGCUCAGAGCUUUUCGAUGAAUCCGAUGCAGGCCGCUUCAGUCCUGCUGCAAAUGUUAGAUUGUCAAACCAAAAGCUACUGCCAGAACCACAAUCCUCUAGAAGCCAAGACGAUACCUCGUCUUCUUCUAGCAUGAAUGAAAAAGGUAUAAAGAAUUCUCAAGACGAUGAAUCCCCACCUCCUGUUCAACAAUCAGGUUCUUCAGCGGUAUCUCCUCAGUCGUCCAGUGCUGAUAAAAGCUCUUCAUGGAACGGUUCAUUAAGCUUGACAGAGUACAAGAUCUAUAAAACCGAAGGCCUAGCCGAUGCUUCAACUCAGACCGAUGACAAUGCAAGCAAAACUAGACCUCCAGAGACUUGCACGAGAGGUGUUUCUACAGAUGACGGGUCUAUGGAGCCUGAAAAUAAUGAAAUUCAUGAGGUUCCGGUUCAACCAACAAAUGAAUCUGCACAGCUAUGCCGGGAGACAGUAUCGCCUGCUCCGUCCUCGUCAAGUGCAUCGUCAUCAGGUGGUAGAACAGAUACCUUGGAAUCCCUCAUCAGAGCUGAUAUUAAUAAGCUCAACAGCUUUAGAAUAAUUGAAGGGGAGGAGUUUCGGGUUCCAAAAACUAAGCUAAAGCCUUCAAAUGUGCUGAUGCAACUAAUUUCUUGUGGAUCGAUUUCAGUAAAGGAUCAUACUUUUGGCCUUAUUCCUACUUACAGGCCGAGAUUUUCGCAUUCAAAAUUUCCGUCUCCUCUCUUCUCAACCUCUUUAUCUUUAGGAGAUCUUGAUUGCCUGGCAGAGAAUCCUAGGUUUACGGGUUUGAAGUUGGAAGAUAAGGAAUACUUUAGCGGCAGCUUACUUGAGACAAAUAUGACCAAGGAACCUACUCUUCUAAAGCGGUCGUCGUCCUACAAUGCUGACAGGACAAAUAAAGAACUAGGAGAUUCAGUUGAAGACAAAGAGGAGAAAAAAGCAGGCACAAAGUGCAUUCCACGUUCCAUCAAGGUUUCCCUGAAUAAGCAGCAGGCAAGAAGCGAGUCAAUGAAAUCUCCUCUUUCCGAAGGUCCUAGAAUCUCAUCGGAUAGAAUAGGCAGUUCACGGACCCUUACAUCUGACACAUCCUGUGGAGGAAGCAAGCGAAUUACAGAGCCAUCACCUGGCAAUAGACACUCAAAUAGAAUAGACUCUUUCAGAGAGGAGAAAGACAAUGUGAUCAAAAUUGAAGAAAGCUUGCUUCAGGAGCUCGGGUUAUAAUACAGUCGACAGGAGCUUUUGACAACGAUGAACAUUAGGCGACCAGAAGGUUUGGUUUAACUAAGUGGGGGAAUUUUGUUAAUCUUGUAACUAUUUGGUCCUACUUUUAACUGUCCAAUCAUGUUUUGUAAAUGCCAAAUAGGGAAAAGCAUGAAGUAAAUCAAGUAUUUGCUGAUACAAGUAGUUAGUUUUGAGCUGGUUCUAUUGUACCUACUACCAUUGGAUUUUUUGAUAUCUUUUUUCUUUUCUGACUGUUUUCUGGUGUAUAAUCGUCAUUGAAAUGAUCAAGUGUUCCACUUUCAAUUUAGUCAACUAAGUAAAUCUAAGCAAUCAUUUGGCUGUCU